GCAAAGACCCGAAGAUGUCUGAAAGUGUAGGGGGUAUAACAAUAAUGGCAGAGCCGGUACUGAUUGAGACCGUGGAGCUCGACUCCAGUAUUAAUAUAGGCCCCCCUGAUUCCAGCUACCUUGAUGAAAACGAAAAUGUAUUACCCAUGACGUCUACACCCCAAAAGACUUUUAACAGUAGUAAUAAAAAACAUGAACAACUAUUGCAUUGCGCACUUUGCACAUCAUACAGCACAACACGAAAAUACAAUUUAAAAAGACAUUUAGAGACUCAUUCUGAAUCGAGUGAUGGCGCACCUUUGGCUUCUCCUUCGAAACACCAGUGUACACAAGAUAACUGUCAUAAGUCAUAUACUUCAAAAGCAGGACUUGCAGAACAUGUAAGAGGCGUGCAUGGCAAUGGCUACUCGUGCUCGCAGUGCUUCAAGCACUUGAGUUCUGCAACAGCCCGACGACGCCAUGAGUUACAAAUACAUGAGGGUGUAGGUUUCAAGUAUGCGUGUGAAGUAUGCAAUAAGAAGUUCCGAGCUUCAUGCGACAAAGAGGGGCAUUUCAAUACAGUCCAUAGACAAUACAAACCAUUUAGAUGUUCUAAAUGCAAAAAGUCGUAUCAUUAUAGAAGGUCCCUUGACACCCACAAGAUAUCCUGCUUUGGCGAAGGGUAUACCUGUACAUACGAUGGCUGUAACGCAACAUUUUCAUCACAUUCCGGACAGAUAGAUCAUGUUGCGGCACUACAUAAACACAAGGUAUUCAAGUGUGAUUCUUGCAGCAAAACAUAUGGAUAUAGAUCAUCUCUCAGCAAGCACAGAAGACAAAACAAUCAUUAAGUGUUUCAAAUAUGUUACUGAAGGAAGACUCAACUUUACAUGUUAUAGAUGUGGUUAUAUUUACCACGUGUAGCUAUAGGUGUUUGCAAUAUGCAUCAGUUAUGUUUUAUUCCACAUCUUUAUAAUUAUGAACGUUAUGAAAUAAUUAUAACUUUGCUUAUUUUGUAUUGAAAGUUGUUAGUAUUUUAAGUAAUUCGUACAACGAUUAAGUUGCCAAUGGCCAAAUGCAUGAUGUGUAAAAUAUCAAAGUGUGACCAAAUUAUCAUUGUGUAAUUCACUGCAUCAUAGCGUUCAACUAAGUUUAACAUUUUAUAUAAUUAUAAGAUGGUUUGGUAUACUAUAUUUUCAUUUUAGUAUGUACAUGCUGUCAUACUAUUAUAAAUAAUACUACCCCUGUUCAAAAGGGAUGUUGAUUACUUCGUAAAAACAUUUCGCCUUUAACUUUGAAGUUCAACGAACGAUGUGAUAUGUUUCUUGACCAUGUUGCAAUAUGGAGCAUUACAGCAGAUUGUCAAACUGUUAUUACAUACGUUGCUCUAAUUCACAUUGUCUCUUAAGGUUGUCUUUUUAUCUGUAUGAAACGUACUUUACAACGCAGUAGAUACAUGUGUAAAGUAUGCUUGUGUAUGAG